AUCUAGACCGAUUGUAGGCUGACCAUUCGUCAUAACUUUUUUUUCUUACUGUGAUUUAAUUAAGUAAAUAUCCAUAAUCUUAUUUUCUUCAAGGCAUCACUCACUCUUCAAUACCAACCCAUUAUACCCAAGUCUCCGUUCCUUUCUUUCAUCCCGCAUUUACAACCCAUUAUUCCAACCCGACUUAUAAUAGUCGACCAUUCACGUCUUCAAAUAAUUUUUCGACGAAGAAAAACCCCGCAGACUCCCAUCAUACCGUCAUAAAUAGAACCCGAUUUCAAACCCAACCGUUUGCGACUGGUAAGACAAAAGCAUGGUUGUCGAUACCUCCUACUACGACGCCCUCGGCGUGAAGCCGACCGCGACCGAACUCGAAAUAAAAAAGGCAUAUCGAAAACUCGCUAUUGUCCAUCAUCCAGAUAAGAAUCCCAACGACCCAACUGCUCACGAGAAAUUCCAAGCCAUCGGCGAAGCCUACCAAGUCUUAUCCGACACCGAUCUGCGAAAGGCAUACGAUAAAUAUGGCAAAGACAGCGCCAAGCCGAGCGAAGGCUUCGUCGACCCGGCCGAGUUCUUUAGUAGCAUAUUCGGCGGUGACGCCUUUGUGGAUUGGAUCGGCGAGAUCAGUCUUAUGAAAGAUCUUACUACUACCAUGGAUAUCACGAUGGCGGAAGAGGAAGCAGCAGAUGAGGAGGAGUUCCCGGGUACCGAGGAAGCGAUGAAGGAGAGUGCGAAGACGGCUUCUGCCGCUGGUUCCCCGCCGCCUUAUGUGGUCGUCGAGGAGGACCCUGAGAAGUCUACUGCAGAUGGCAAGGCCGCGUCGGGAUAUCACGAUACACCUUCGGAAAAGCCACACUUACCCCCCCGUGGCGCUUCACCAUCUCCUAGUGCUUCUGGCACCUCGACGACUUCAAGACAUGCCAUACCAAUCCGACCUGCUCUUAUGGAUCGCCCGUCGGAUGAGGCGCACUUGGUUGGACAAUCAGAAGAAGAGAAAGAGCUUCGCAAGAAGGAAAAGAAGAAAGGCGGUCUAAGCAAAGAGCAACGAGAACAACUAGCAGCCUACGAAAAGGAACGCGCUCUUAUCCGACAAGAACGUGUCGACACGCUUUCCCGUAAGCUUGUGGACCGUAUAUCGGUUUGGACGGAGACGGACAAGGGCUUAGACGUAACCAAGGCGUUCCAGGAGAAGACGCGGCUCGAGGUCGAGAACCUGAAGAUGGAAAGCUUCGGACUGGAUAUCUUACACGCUAUUGGAGCUGUGUACAUGUCGAAAGCGACAGCCCUCCUAAAGUCCCAGAAGUUCCUCGGUAUCGGUGGUUUCUUCAGUCGUAUGAAGGAUAAGGGUACCCUUGUCAAGGAUACCUGGAAUACUAUCUCCUCCGCUAUCGAUGCACAGCAGACUAUGGAGGAAAUGGCGCGUAUGGAACAGGCCGGUGGUGAGGAUUGGACUGAUGAGAAGAAAAUCGAGUACGAGCGUAGAGUCACGGGGAAGAUCCUUACGGCCGCGUGGCGCGGUAGCAAGUUUGAGAUCCAAAGCGUGUUGCGCGAGGUCUGUGAUAAUGUUCUACAUGACAAGAAAGUGCACCUAUCCAAGCGCUUGGAACGCGCACAGGCGUUGGUUAUUAUUGCUGAGAUCUUUGAGAAGGCCCAGAGAUCACCCGAGGAAGAAGGCGAUUACAUGGCAUUCGAACAACUAGUAGCCGAGGCAGCUAUCAAGAAGGAGAAGGACUCGAAGAAGAAGGGAAAGGAUAAGGAUAAGGAUAAGGACUCCCUUAAGAAAGGAGCUGGUACUGCGGAGGCUAGUAGUCCGACUGCUGAGACGCAUAACGAGAAGUCGUAGUCUGGUGUAGAGAGACGGGGCUACUCGUUGAAGGAGGGGAAGUAUUUAAAUCUUCUUUUCAGCACUUGCGGGUCGGAUAGGAACUCGAAUCGGUGCAUAU